AUGUCGGCGUCGGCAUCGGCGUCGGCGUCGGCGUCGGCGUCCGCAUGUGACGGACGUACAUACAUCUAGUGACCAGUGAGUGUGAGGGACGUACAUACAUAUAGUGACCAGUGAGUGUGACGGACGUACAUACAUAUAGUGACCAGUCAGUGUGACGGACGUACAUACAUAUAGUGACCAGUCAGUGUGACGGACGUACAUACAUAUAGUGAACAGUGAGUGUGACGAGUUCCGAUUUCCCCUAUUAUCAGCUUUUCUCAGGAAACGGCGAUGUACACCUCAUUUGAUAGAAAAAUGCUCGGGCUAUUCAAAACAGUAUUCCGAUUAGUUCGAGCUUUUACGGAAAAAUAAAAAACAAAGGAGUUCUUGUGAUUACGAAACACUGUACUGCAUAGAGAACACCCAAACGCUUCUUGUACAUAUCUUUAAUGACUGGUCCCACCUGCCUGGAUAUUCUGACCAGCUCACU